AUGACGUUGAAACCGUUCAAAGUCCAGGACAUGAACGAUUUUAUUUCAGAUUAUCCACAGUGUUCAGACAGUGAAUUUCGUUGUACAAAUGGACAAUGUAUACCACUUGAAAAACGUUGUGACUCAUAUGAGCACUGUAUUGAUGGCACUGAUGAGAAUAGCUGCGACAUUUGUAAAGAAGGCACGUUCCAUUGCGACCUUGUAAGGUGUAUACCAAGUCGUCUUGUUUGUGACACGUACGCUGAUUGUAAAGAUGGUGAUGAUGAGAAAUCAUGUGGUCAACCACGUCAUAGUUCUUGUGAAAACUGGUGGAAUGCUGGAUAUAGAAACACCGGAAUAUAUCGGCUAUAUGACAUACAUGCUGUGUGCGACUUUGAUUCGGUGCUUGAGGAAGAAAAUAUAUUCACAAUAUUUCAUUCUUUUGAAGUUACUUAUCUUGGGGAUAGUCUAGAACAGAUUCAUUCAACGGAAGGAGAACUAUUUUUAGCAAAUCAGUCAAGCGUUGGUAUGAUUGACAUCCUUACAGAUCCAUCCUACACUUGUACUCAAAAUAUUACCCAAACAUGCAUACAUGCCGUCGAGGCCCUUGCUCAACUGAAUGAAACAUUCAAUAUAUCAAUAAGUUGUGACUGUGUUACAUUGACAGUGUAUCCCUAUCGAGCACAGAGAACGUUGAGGUAUUGCAAUGAUGGGCGGGUUUUGAGUGACACAGACGUGGAGAAACACAUGCUAUUUAUCUAUUCUGAAACGAAAAACAAACAACGCAUACUGUCCUACAAAGAAGGAUCAUUUCCCCGCGAUGCAGAACUUCGGUUGAGCCCUAUCGUUUGUAAAAAUAGUCAGUACUCAGGUUCAUUAAUAAUAGAUGAUGAAUUUGCUGAUUCAAAGCAAAUAAAAUAAUUAUUUUAAUUUUCAAAGUAGUUCAUACUUCUAAUAUGUCAUUUGGAAAAAUAAUAUUUUAUAUGACAAUGCA